CUGUUGCCAAUCCGAUGCCAUCAACACUUCCUGAUGACGUGAAGAGUUUGGGUUUCAAAAUGCUUGAAUGGGAUCUCCAAAACUCUAAUAACUUCAUUAAAGAUGUGUCUUCAUUGGAUCUAUUAGUACUUAAGACAAACAAUUUUGUGGUCAAUAAUUGGAAUAUUAAGGAACAAAUCAAAUCAUUCAAAGAUUGUGUUAAAGAAAAUGGUUUCCUUUUGAUGUCUUACAGACAUGUCUUAACCCCACCAGAGAUCGCAAUUCUGGAACUAUUGAAUCGCGAGGCAAAGCAUGAAAUUCUAAACAAGUCUGAAGUCGAGAAUUACAUAUCAAUGGCCGAGAAAAAUGGCUUUAAAUUGGUGUCACAUAAGACUGAUUCUAUCACUUCCUCUCAACUCUUAUUCCGUAAACUUAGGCAACAAAUGAAAGACAUAGAAGUGAUACACAUAUUGAACGAGAAUUACGAUGAAUGGGUUGAAGCGAUCAAAGAGAAAAUGGCGGAAAACAAAGACGCGGAUACGGCUAAUAACAUAUGGCUUGUGGGCAACGAUACGGCACUCAAUGGUAUUAUUGGUCUCACAAAUUGUCUUCGCCUGGAGUCCGGCGGUCAACACAUUCGCUGUCUCUUUGAUUACGACAACAAAUUGCCAAAA